ACUUAUGAGUGUGCACUUCCAUUAGGACUACGAUUAUUGAUCAAACAAUUUUGAAACAUGGACGCACCGAUAAAGCGGACAAUUUUUGAACUGAUUAAAAGUAAUGACGAUAAUUUGAUAUUUAAAUUAAUUAUAUUUGCUAAAAUAACUUCACCUGAAGCAGUACUUGACUUAUUUACCAACACAAUAAAAAAAUAUCCACCUGAUGUAAUCACAGGCUUAUUACUCAUGAAUUCAAAAUACAUUUUAUGUUUAAUUGAAUCUAUGGAAAAUAUCAUCUACGAAUUUUCUUUAAGUCUUUUAAAUAACGAUCGAUCAAAGAACUUAGAAGUAAGUAGACAUUUUCCAAUUCACUUCGGCGACACUGGUCGAUUUUUUUCUCAGUGGUAUUCGAAAGAAAUCUCUUGGAGCAAAUUAUCAGCAGGAAAUUCAGCAGAUGAUUUUGAGAAUUUCAAAAAAAUUUAUAAGAAUGCCAUUGAAAAUAUUUAUAAGUUCUACUGGGAACUAAAGUCCGCAGAUGUUCUGGAAGAACAAUUAGAGUUUUUAUCUAGAGAAGGAAGUGUCCAUCUUCCAAGUAUUGAUACCAUGGAAUUAUUGAUAAGUAAUUCAUGGGGUUGCGAUUUGAAGAAAUUAGUUGACAAUUAUUAUGGUAAUUUAGAACCUGAAGAAGAUGAAGUCUGGCCUGUUCAGAAGAUUCAAACUCCAUCAUUUGAUGAUUUUCAUAAUCGUUCCAAUAAAUUAUAAUUUUUUA